CUUCGAGUCUGGACAGGCUAUCACUCGGAAAACCACCCAAACAAACCAAAGCAACCAUUUCAAGCCGUCGGUCGCACUUACUCAAUUCCCACUCGCCGAUCCAACAAAACCUGCCCAAGAUGCAUUUGAUGUACGUCCUCGACGCCAGUGGUAAGCGUACCUACACGCUGAAGAAGGUGCUGGACGGAGAGGUGACCAAGUCGGCGCACCCUGCACGUUUCUCCCCCGACGACAAGUGGUCGCGCCAGCGCGUCACACUCAAGAAGAGAUACGGGCUCUUGGAACUCGCUGAUGACUCCAACAAGAAGCCUGCUACUCUCUCAUGAGCAGCAACUAUCUAAUUGAUCGAAAGCCGCAAUGGAUGACAAACAAAGACUUGGAAGCGACAGGAUGGCUUGGUGCUCGAACACAUAGAACAGCUGCGAUUUGUGUAGUGGAGGGCGCAAGAGAGGAAUCGUAAGCAGGACUCUUUGGUGUGAUUCUGCAUGGAAUUGGCGUUCAGGGCGCGAAUGGAACAAAAAUCUGGAUGUGUUGAAAUUCUCUCUGCUGUGCGCAGGACAAGCGCCAUAGCAUAUUUUUCUUGGCUUGCGGUGGACGGCUCAAAUACCCCAUGGCAAUGUCUACUAUCAAUCAAGAUGCAAGAAGA